CAAGAAUUGGUUCACAUAAAUCGCUGUCUGGAAUGAAUAGUUUUUUCAAAAAUAAUAAAUAAUUAUUAUCUUUCGAUUUUAUUUAAUUAUAUUGGAAUGAACUUGAUUAUUGGAUUGUUGAAAAAGUCACCAGAGCUAUUUCAUUACCAAUUAAAACACUUGAAAACAGUUGCAGGACAAACACCUGCAGAGUACUGUUUGAAUUUAGUAAGAAAAAAUGAUUAUGAAAACUUUUUAUGCACCUUAUUACUACCCAAUAACCUGAGAUCUUCAGCAUUUGCGAUAAGAGCUUUUAAUACAGAAAUUGCUUUAGUUGAAGAUCAAGUAAGUGAUAAUAGAAUUGGUCUGAUGAGAAUAAAAUUCUGGGAGGAAGCAUUGAAUGACAUAUAUAAUGAUCGACCACCAAAUAAUCCAACAUCACUAGAAUUGCAUAGAAUACUGAAAAAAAAUAAAUUAUCAAAAUAUUACUUUGAACGUUUAAUAAACGCUCGUUUCAAUCAACUCAACACAUCAAUCUUUAUGAAUUUAAACUCACUAGAGAAAUAUGCUGAGGAUACACUGUCUUGUACUUAUUAUCUUAUAUUAGAAGCACAAGGCACUAAAGAUAUUCAUACUGAUCAUUUUGCUAGUCACCUAGGAAAAGCUCAUGGUAUUGUCAACUUAAUACGUUCAAUACCUCAUAAUGCAAAAAGAAAAAGUAUAGUUUUACCACAGGAUAUACUCAUGAAACAUAAAGUUUCAUUUGAAUCGAUUAUCCAAGGAAAAAGUAGUAAAGAACUUUCAGAUGUGAUUUUUGAAGUUUCAUCAAGAGCUAAGCAACAUUUAGAUAAGGCUCUAUUAAUGAACAGUAAAAUUAAAGAAGAGUCUAAAAUUAUUUUCCUGCCAUCAAUAAUAAUUAGUAAUUAUUUAAAUGAAUUACAACUUGCAGAUUUCGAUAUUUUUCGCGUUGCAUUACGAAAACAAACAUCUCUUCUCCCAUUAAAAUUAUAUUGGAAUAAAUUAUUUUUGUAAAUAAAUCACAUAGGUUUUAAGAAGUAAAGGCUACUAACUACACAAUUUACCUUGUUCGUGUUCAAAAUACACUGUAGCGAAAU